GCAGCAACACCGCAGCCCAAGGAGGCUUCCUCUUCAAGUCGGAUUUUUUUUUUUUAUAAUUAUUUUUUCACCAACUUCCUUCCUGCUUUUAACUGCCAAAGCUCAAAGCAGAGAGGAGAGAGGGACCCCGGACACAGCCGCCAGCCAGGGACAGACACCCGGCUAAGGACUUACGAGCCCCACCAGCGUCCGAUUGUUACGCUAUUCGACAACUUCCUCUUGUGAGGCCAGCAGGCAGCCAUGACUGAGAAAGACCCAGAGGUGCAUGUGGAAGAGGAUGAAGAUGAGCUAGACAGCAAACUGAACUAUAAGCCUCCGCCUCAGAAGACGCUGCAGGAACUGCAGGAGCUGGACAAGGAUGACGAGAGCCUUGCAAAGUACAAGAAGUCCCUGCUGGGGGAUGCGCCCGUGGUGGCAGACCCUACAGUUCCCAAUGUGACUGUCACUCGGCUCACCCUGGUAUGCAAAACUGCUCCCGGGCCGAUCACCAUGGACCUCACCGGUGACCUGGAAGCUCUCAAGAAACAGACUUUUGUGUUAAAGGAAGAAGCUGAAUACAAUGUCAAGAUCCACUUCAAAGUAAAUAGGGAAAUUGUCUCUGGCUUGAAAUAUGUGCAGCACACUUAUCGGACAGGGGUAAAAGUGGACAAAGCGACCUUCAUGGUGGGCAGCUAUGGGCCGCGGCCAGAGGAAUAUGAAUUCAUGACACCUCUUGAGGAGGCACCCAAGGGCAUGAUGGCUCGAGGAAACUACCGCAACAAAUCCUUCUUCACCGAUGAUGACAAGCACGACCACCUCACCUGGGAGUGGAACUUGGCCAUUAAGAAGGACUGGACGGAAUGAGCUCCGCCUCGUUUCCUUCUCUUUGCUUCCUCCUGCCUCUCGUGCUGUAUUCCGGGCGUGCCAGUCGCCUGCACCUGCAUGCCACGCUUCCUCCACACAACCCAGCUGGCUCAUUGAUUGUCACAAGAAAUUCCUUUAAUACAGGCCUUUGGACAGACUCUGUCUCUCCUGCUGCUCCAUUGAAACGUAAUCACAAGGAAUUUGCUCGGGGACAAACCAUCUCUCUGCUUGCACAGGAUCAGUCCUUGAAGUGCCUUUGCUAGGAAGACGUACGGUUGCUAACCCAACCCCCUUACUACCAGGGCAGAUAGGUUGUCCCCAUCUAAAGGUAUACGGCUGUUAUCUUUCUUUCCUCUCGCAACCUGCACUCAGUGGAAAAAUCUUUGCCUAUGAGUGGAUUCAUUUAAGCUUGUUUGGGUGUCAUGCCCCAAACUGCAUUUGGAAAUCUUGCCUUUUAACAGUAUCAGGAGACACAGUGCCUGCCCUGGCCUGUAAAGAUUUCAGUGUCUUUGAAAAUAAAGCCAGUCUUGUCCUUUG